AUCUCAUGGCGGACGAUCAUGAUCCUCGUUUGGUAGAGGACAUUGACGAUGAUGAGUAUGAGGACGAGUACGAGGAUGACGACUCCGAUGAUAGUGAUGCUCCUUAUGAUGUGAAUAAGGAGGAUGACUUGGGUGAGCCAGAGGAUCAGGCUCAAGAUGAGUUCGAGCGUAGGCUUGACGAUUUUGAAAUGUCAGAUGAACGUGCACCGGCCAUUGUAAAUACAGCACGUGAGAUUGUUGGUGAGAACCCGACUUAUGAAAGUCAAGGCCAAGGACAAGAUGAAAACAACACAGGUGGUGGAGGGGGGGAAAAGGCACCGGCUGAAAGAAAAACAAGGGGUCCGACGAGAAGCUUUAAGAAACCGGACGGUCCCAUGGUCUUGGAUUAUGACAACAAAGGCCAACCUGGGCCCAAAUGGCGUCAACAAUAUGCUAAUAAAGUUGGCUUAUGUUCGCGGAAAAUCCCCAUUACACUUGUAAUGCGGCAAGUACCUUCGGGUUUGAUUCAAGCAUUUUGGGAUGAUACAAGGAGGCAGUUUUCUAUUCCUAAUGAUCCCGAGAAGAAAAGGGUGUUUGUCUCUUUAUUAGGGGAAAGAUUCAGAGGACCAAGUUGACUAAUCGGUGGAUCCAUAAGAAGAAGAAGGUGCAAACAAAGAAGAAGAAUGCCAAAGAGGAAAACCGUCUCCCGUGGCAAAUAUGGCCGACCGUGUCAAAAGAUUAUUGGGAAGAGUUCGUUAGAAUGAAGAGUCAAAAGAAAGCCAUUGUAAGUUUGUGUAAAUCUGAUGUCAAUUGAAUAAUAGCUUGACACUUUUUGUAUUAA